CACAGGCAGUAUGUUGCUGUUUCCAGUCCUUCUUGCGACUUCAUUAUGGUCCUGUGUAGACAUGCAGUCAGCACCAGUGCAAACCCCUGAGCUGCAGAAGCAGGUGAAAGGCAUGUCUGCCAGCAUGUCAUGCCGACUGGGGGACAAAACUGUCAUGCACUGGUACAGGCAGCUUCCCGGGGAGCCACCAAAGAGGAUUCUGUACGUGUCAGGAGGGACGCCUGUUUUUGACGACAGCAACGAUAGAAAUAAAUUUCAAGCUCGGAAUCAUCCUACUGAGCCUGUAUAUGGUCUCACGAUAAAUUCUUUAACGCCGAGGGACUCUGGAAUUUAUUACUGUGCAUACUGGUUUUAUCAAGGAACCACAGCAUUAGCCGGGCAAAGGAUUGGUUAUUACAACAAGGUGUUUGGUUCAGGUACAAAACUCAUUGUCUCCGAAAAAGGAAGUUCUCCACCAGCAAACACUGAAAUCCUGCAGAAAAAACAUGGAAAUCAGAUAAUGUAUGUUUGCAUAAUUGAGAAAUUCUACCCAGAACUUAUUAGGGUGACAUGGACUGAUGAAGAAAAGGAGAUAACAGACAAUGUAGUAAAAGGUGACACUUGGCAGUCCACAAAAGAGGAUGAAUACUCAAUUGCCAGUUGGUUAACUGUACCAGCAGAGAACAAAGACAAGAAGUAUUACUGCAAAUACGAGCACGAAGAGAAAAAGGAUUCACUGCCAGCACAAGUAGAUUCCAUAGAUUCUAUGAAGACUGCUCCUCAGGAAGAGGACUGCAAAACAGUUUUUAACAGAGAUCAGUUAAUGCACAGGACAGCAUAUUUAGUAUAUGUCAUCCUUCUUCUGAAGAGCUUCAUGUACUACCUUAUCGUACUCUUCUUCAUCUGCAGAAUGUGGGCUUCAACCAAACACCAAGGAAAGAAAGCAUAAAGGAUUAUGGAUUAAGAAAGGGCUACAAAUUGAUCUUCAAUUUACUUUGCCAUAUGCUUACCUAUAUAGACUCCCCUGCUCUGAGUGUUAGAUGUAACAGAAAAAAAAAAUCCCAAAAUAAUUUUCAGGCAUUAGUGCAUAAGGGCUCAUUUUGCUUUAUUGCUAGUGUUCUUGUAUCAGUCUGGUCUUCCUAUUGUUUUUCUGAAUAUUGAAUAAAGAUACACAAUAGGAAUAUUGUAUUUUAAAUUUAAUAUUGCAUUUUAAUCCAAAGUCCAUUGUGCAAAGUGAAGGAGGUAGCCAUGCUAAAAGUAGCUAUGCAUGCAGAAGCUUAGGAGUGUAACAGGGUUAUUGACAUAUGAAGCACAGAUGUGUUUUGUCAUCACAUUUAAGGCUUAAUUAGGAGCAUUUCUGUGCAGUAAAUGCACAGGUAUUUGUUCAUUUUUACUUUCAGUGAUUUGUUGCAACUCUCAUGUAUCCAACAAAUCAGGAAUUAAUGAUUCUGAAGUGAUGUGCUUUAAGAUACAAUUAAAUAAAACUUUAGCAAGUGAACAGAAGAAUUUUGAAUGAAGAAGUCAGACGAGAAUAUAAGCAAUUCUAGGGUGCACACAUUCAGAAACUCAAGAAAUCCACCAGUGCUGUGACACAGUUUGAAAAUCUGCACAUCAUAAUUUUUUAAAAAAGAAAACAAUCACAAUGAUCAUGAAUAUCACUUUGUUGAAAGUCACCUUUUUUAAUUAAGCAAAACUUCAAAUGUGAAGCUUUAGUAAAGUAUUUUCACAAUAGAAGAAAAAUUCUCAGAGACUUUGAACCCUUAAUCUCCAAUUUCCACAAAUCAGUUUCUUUCAAAUUUAUGUAGGAAAAUAGRAAGAAGACUUAUUGGAAUAAAAUGCUUGGUUUUCAGCAAAACAGUGUUCUAGGUUUGGAGAUAAGCACUUGAAGCAUUUACACCUACUGUGUCUAUGAUGAUGAUGGCAAUAAAAGCUUUCCUCCAGCUGUCUUUAUGAGGCCUGUGUUUCUUCUCCAACAUUU